CACCGCCCCUCGCUCGGGUCUUCUGCUGGCCGCCAGCCUUCAGGCCUGGGUCGGAGGCUCUGGGGUCGCCAGUGUUCUGAGGUCUCGUGGCCUCCACUCCUCGGGGGUCGCGGGAAGCGGUGGGACGCUGAUCGCCUGGUGCCCGGCGAGGGACGUGGGAGCGGAAUUGACAGUGAUGGAACCCCAGCUCCUGAAUCCUGUGCAGAACCUUCUCUGGUUAGAGUACUAAGGGAGCACAGUCUGAAAGAGUUCAUGCAUGGGAGCAAUUCACUGGACACGAAUGUUCUGAACUCGAUUUGGGGAGAAGAUGAACAAACCUGUAACACCAUCAACAUAUGUGCGCAGCCUCAAUGUUGGACUAAUUAGGAAGCUGUCAGAUUUUAUUGAUCCUCAAGAAGGAUGGAAAAAAUUGGCAGUAGCUAUUAAAAAACCAUCCGGUGAUGAUAGAUACAAUCAGUUUCAUAUACGGAGGUUCGAAGCAUUGCUUCAAGCUGGAAAAAGCCCUACUUCUGAAUUGCUGUUUGACUGGGGAACUACCAACUGCACCGUUGGUGAUCUUGUGGGUCUUCUGGUCCAGAAUGAGUUUUUUGCUCCUGCCAGUCUUCUGCUGCCAGAUGCUGUUCCCAAAACUGUUAAUACUCUGCCUUCUAAAGAAGUGUCAACAGUCCCACAGAAGCAGAGGCCAUGUUGUGAAAAAGACAGGACAUCUGUUAUGCCUGUGCAGAAUUUUGAACAAGACUGUAAGCUACUUGACUCCGCAAGUCCAGAAAAUAAGAGCCUAGAGUCCAGUGACACUCGUUUUCAUAGCUUUUCAUUUUAUGAAUUGAAGAGUAUCACAAAUGGUUUUGAUGAGCGGCCCGUUUCCGUUGGUGGCAAUAGAAUGGGAGAGGGAGGAUUUGGAGUUGUGUAUAAAGGCUGUGUGAACAACACAACUGUGGCGGUGAAGAAGCUCGGAGCCAUGGUUGACAUUAGUACUGAAGAACUGAAACAACAGUUCGAUCAAGAAAUUAAAGUAAUGGCAAAGUGUCAGCAUGAAAACCUAGUCAAACUACUUGGUUUCUCAAGUGAUGCUGAUGAUCUCUGCUUAGUGUACGCCUACAUGCCCAACGGUUCAUUGCUAGACAGACUGUCUUGCUUGGAUGGUACUCCACCACUUCCCUGGCACACGAGAUGCAAGAUUGCUCAAGGUGCAGCUAAUGGCAUCCGUUUUCUGCAUGAAAACCACCAUAUUCAUAGAGAUAUUAAAAGUGCAAAUAUCUUACUAGACAAAGACUUCACAGCCAAAGUAUCUGACUUUGGGCUUGCACGGGCUUCUGAGAAGUUUGCACAGACAGUCAUGACUAGCAGAAUUGUGGGCACAACAGCUUAUAUGGCCCCCGAAGCUCUGCGGGGAGAAAUAACACCCAAAUCUGACAUCUACAGCUUUGGCGUGGUUUUAUUAGAAAUAAUAACCGGACUUCCAGCAGUGGACGAACACCGUGAGCCUCAGUUACUAUUGGACAUUAAAGAAGAAAUUGAAGACGAGGAGAAGACAAUUGAAGAUUAUAUUGAUACGAAGAUGGGUGAUGCCGACUCUCCUUCGGUUGGAACCAUGUACUCGGCUGCUAGUCAAUGUCUGCAUGAAAAGAAAAACAAGAGGCCAGACAUUAAGAAGGUUCAACAGCUGCUGCAAGAGAUGACUGCUUAAAACUGAUGAAAUAGACUCUUGAGAUAUAUAUAAUUUUUAAAACUGUGGUGCUGGGCACUGAACCCAGGGCCUUGUGCAUGCUAGAAAAGCACUUUAGCACUGAGCUACAUCCCAGCCUACACUGGUUUUUUUCCUAAAUGUUCU